GAUUGGCCAAACACAUUACGUUCAUGAUUCCCCAAUAAUCUCCUUCAAAACUAACACUAACCAUUCAUCAAACACCUACAAGGCAUAAACAAAAUUCACACUUUUACUUCCUUUCUUCUUCAACCCAUGGCUGCAUCUUUCAGUCUCUCUCACUUCUCACUCUCACUGCCUAACAAGGUCCCAAGAAGAAGAACAACAUGUGUUUCCAUUAGAGCCAUGUCAGAAACAACUUCUUCUUCUUCAGAAACAACUUCUUCUUCAGCUUCAACUUCAGUAACAUUUGCAGCUCCACCGAAUUUCAAGCCUCCUGAACCAAAACGCUUUGCUGUGAGACCUGACAAGACUGCUGAGGUCUUUGGAGCUGUUCUUCCAUUGCUCCUUCGCUUUGCUACUGGUGUUUUUGUUUCUGGGUAUUCUUUCUCAUUUGUUUCAAAGGAUGAAAUUCCACCAAACCAGUAUGCUUUGGAAGUUUCAGGUUACAAGGUAAAAGAAACAGCGAAGUUAGGUCCUCGCCCAGAGAAGCCUAUUGAGAUAUACGAAUUCGAAGGCUGUCCAUUUUGUCGAAAGGUUAGAGAAAUUGUUGCCAUUUUGGAUCUUGAUAUUCUUUUUUAUCCUUGUCCGAGAAAUGGCCCAAAUUUUCGUCCCAAGGUUGCUCAGAUGGGCGGUAAACAGCAGUUUCCCUACAUGGUUGAUCCAAACACAGGUGUUUCAAUGUAUGAAUCAGAUGACAUAAUUCGUUAUUUGGUUGACAAAUAUGGUGAUGGAAGUGUUCCUAUUACUUUGUCACUUGGAGUUUUAACGACACUCACUGCUGGUCUUGGCUUGCUUGCUCGCGCCGGAAAGGGAUCAACUUAUACUCCAGCAAAGUUACCACCAAAGCCACUUGUAUUAUGGGCAUAUGAGGGGUCUCCAUUCUGCAAACUUGUACGCGAAGUAAUCGUAGAAUUGGAGCUACCACACUUGCUUAUCAAUUGUGCUCGAGGUAGCCCGAAACGACAGAUAUUAUAUGAGAAAACUGGACAUUUUCAGGCACCAUUUUUGGAAGAUCCAAACACGGGGGUAGAAAUGUUUGAGAGUGCAGAGAUUAUAGAGUAUAAAAGCAACUUAUGCUCUCCAAUGAGUGUUUGUUCUACUAAUUAGGUCUAAGACUACAUAGUAUUUAUCAUUUAUAAAGUGUACAUAUCUGAGUUUGGAUUAUGUGUUGAAGAUCUCAAUUGUCUAAUAAGCUUGAACAAAUUCAAAUAAGUUCAGCUAUGUUGUAAUGAAAACAGUCAAAAUUAA